CCACAAAGAAAGCCUCUUCCCUUUUUUCCUUUCUUCAACUUCGACUCUAAGCUUUACACAUAUCGUGUUGUUCAUCAUCACUAGUCACUACUGGCUGGAUAUUAUUUUGCUCCCAUCUCACACCUUCCUCCCUUUCUUUGUUCUCCGAGAUCUAAAAGCUCUCAGCUUUUGUAUCCUUCUCACUUGGAACUCUUAAAUCAUCGAUACUUACACUGCAUAGGUAGUAGCGAUAGUCGCCGCUUCUGUUUCCCCUAAAAAGCUUUUUAGUUCUGCCGUUGCUUCUCUUCGUAUACCCACUUCUAACUUGAUCUAUUAAUCGAUUGGAUUCUCUCAUUCUACUCGCCAUUUGUUUCCUUCUUCAAUUGGCCGCAAGCUCUUGUGCCCUUGUUUACUUACUCUCUUUCGUCUCUUCUGUCUUGUUCCUUCUGUUGUUUCGGUGCCAGAUAUUCAGGGGUGAGUUGCCCUUUUCCCGAUUCGGGAACUUGUUGGGAUUACCUAAUUUCUUUUCCGCGCGGAAUUGAUUUCCCUGAUCUUGCUUUGCUAGUUGGAUUCGAUUUGGCUUCUAAGGAAGUUCUAGGCUUUGUUUUGCUGGGAUUCCAUUUCAGAUUUUGCUGGGUGGUGGCUGAUCUGGUGCCUAAGUCUAAUCCUGUGAAGUUUUGGCUAUCUGGGUUCUUCUUCUCUACUGGUCAAAUUGCACUCGGGAGCUUUCAGUACCUCUGUAAGACACUGCGGUUUGUGGGUGGAGGCAGACUCUCGCUUGAUACAGAAUUUUGGGGAAGAUUAAUGCGUUGUUGGUGUUGAGAUGCAGCCUGAUCAGCGAAAGAAGUCUGUUGAUGUUGACUUUUUCACCGAGUAUGGUGAGGGUAGCAGGUAUAAAAUAGAGGAAGUUAUUGGCAAAGGAAGUUAUGGUGUUGUUUGCUCGGCAUAUGAUACACAUACAGGAGAGAAAGUUGCAAUUAAGAAAAUCAAUGACAUCUUUGAACAUGUCUCUGAUGCCACUCGCAUCCUUCGAGAAAUUAAACUUCUUAGGCUUCUACGUCAUCCAGAUAUUGUGGAGAUCAAGCACAUCUUGUUGCCCCCUUCCAGAAGGGAGUUUAAGGACAUCUAUGUAGUUUUUGAGUUGAUGGAAUCUGAUCUACACCAAGUUAUCAAAGCAAAUGAUGAUCUAACACCUGAGCACUAUCAGUUCUUUCUUUAUCAGCUUCUCCGAGGCCUGAAAUACAUACACACUGCAAAUGUGUUUCACAGGGAUCUAAAACCCAAAAACAUCUUAGCCAAUGCUGACUGUAAAUUAAAGAUUUGUGACUUCGGCCUUGCAAGAGUUGCCUUCAAUGACACUCCCACAGCAAUUUUCUGGACAGAUUAUGUUGCGACGAGAUGGUAUAGAGCUCCAGAAUUGUGUGGGUCAUUUUUCUCCAAGUACACACCUGCAAUAGACAUAUGGAGCAUUGGAUGCAUCUUUUCUGAACUUUUGACUGGGAAACCUCUUUUCCCUGGGAAAAAUGUAGUUCAUCAGUUGGAUCUGAUGACUGAUCUUUUGGGAACACCAUCUUCUGAAGCAAUUGCGAGGGUUCGUAACGAGAAAGCUCGUAGAUACCUUAGUAGCAUGCGGAAGAAGAAGCCGAUUCCUUUUACUCACAAAUUCCCUCAUGCAGACCCUCUUGCACUUAGGUUAUUAGAAAAAAUGCUAGCAUUUGAACCCAAAGACCGGCCUACCGCUGAAGAGGCCCUUGCUGAUCCGUAUUUCAAAGGUUUGGCCAAAGUUGAGAGAGAGCCUUCCGCUCAACCUGUCACCAAAAUGGAAUUUGAAUUUGAGAGGCGAAGAAUAACAAAAGAAGAUGUAAGGGAGCUCAUUUACCGAGAAACACUCGAGUACCAUCCAAAAAUGUUGAAAGAAUUCUUGGAAGGUUCAGAACCAACUGGCUUCAUGUACCCAAGUGCUGUUGACCAUUUCAAGAAGCAAUUUGCUUAUCUUGAGGAGCAUUAUGGAAAUGGUGGGCCUGCUGCUACUCCGCCAGAGAGAACUCAUGCGUCAUUGCCAAGGUAUGCUUAGUAUUUUUUUGUUUUUCUUUUUCAUGCUGCCAUCCUGGAGAUUAUAUUCACUGUGUUUAGUAUGAUGUUGCAUGCAGGGCCUGUGUAUUAUAUUCAGAUAAGAAUCCUAUGCUGAGCUCAGCACAAGUAGCAAAUGAUCUUUCCAAAUGUUCUAUCAAAGAUAUCGAGAAGCCACACAUGGACAAGAGUGGUGGACCUGGUGGUAUCCCGAUGACAAGGCUUCCCAUUCAAGUCCCUCAAAGUAUUCAAGCGGGCCCUGCUCGUCCUGGGAAAGUUGUUGGCUCUGUACUGCGAUACAACAACUGUGCCACAGCAGCCGAUACAGUUGUUGACCAGCGAAGAAUGGUCAGAAACCCUUCUACCACAUCUCAAUACACCUCUUCGAAUGGUUCAUAUCCAAGAAGAAACCCGGGCUGCAAGAAUGACAGGGGAGAAGACGAUGGAAUUGAAGGGUCCAAUGGAUUGCAGCCAAAACCACAGUACAUGGCAAGGAAAGUUGCUGCUGCUCAAGGUGGACCGGGAAGUCAAUGGUAUUGAUGAUGGUUAUACACCCCAGUAGGCACACUUUGACUUCCAUCUCUCCACUCUUGUGGAUGGUCAUCACCAUCAUCCCUUGAUGGAGGUGCUAUGAACUACACUCACCUGCUUCGGGUACUCUAUCAUGCAAUGGAUUUCGUCGGUGCUAAAGGUGAUUCGAAAGAUUGUGGCCGAGGAACUUUCUUGGCUUGGGAGGAUGAUGUGGAGCGGAGAAUGGAACAGGUUGUAAUUUAUUUCUCUAACUGAGGUUAAAAGAGCUGAAAUAAUCAGGUUCUUGGUCCGUUAGCAUACCGGUGUGUUGCCAUGUCUGAUUUAGCUCAGUAUCAAGUCCACGUGAAAAGAGUCUGAUGUUCGUAAAUGGGGUUGGGUAGUGUUGGUUGGUUGCUUACCAGAUUCUCUGCACCUCUUCUUGUUCUUUCCUUUGUAGAAGUUUUCCUACCCUUAUUUUGUUCACCCCAAAUUAUUCGUUUUUCGCUACUUGUACACUUCUCCUAUCUAAGUAUCUCUGUCAAAUAAAGAUUCUGGGUUCAGUACUUGUGAUAUUCCAUGGCAAUGUAUCGACAUACGGACUACCUAGUUGUUACAAUUUG